AUGAGGUGCGGCCCAGCCCAACUACUAGCCGCCGCCCCGCCGUAUAAAUACGCCCCCUCAAAACCGUCCCCGUACGCGAGCGCCGCCGUCCUUGUCUGCCCUGCCGCCAGAAGGAAGGCCGCCCCAGUCACAGUAGUUUCCAGACUUGCUGAUGUUGACGCUGCGCUUGAAGGUCUACAGAUCACUGAGAUGAAUCAACAUAAUCAGGUUCGAUUUCAAUUGGAUGAGCGAGCCCCCCUUCAAGAAGCAGCAAUGAUUGGUGAGAGGACCCGACCAGGAAGGCUUGGAUUCAUACUUGUGAAUCCAGAGUUGUUGGAGUGCAAGACUAAGACCAAGGGGGCAUUAGAGAGGGAGUUCAAAAACAUGCUUGCCGAAGCCCUUCAGCGGAUUGACCAGGAGAUGCUGGAAGUGGACGCAAGCACAUCAGUAUUGAAGGUCCGUGUGCUCAAGACUGAUGCUGAGGUGGAUCUGCUGGGACCUCACGGACCUCCACUUGACGAAAGAAACGCAGGAGUACAACACGUCAUCUAUCCAAAUCCUCCCUUUCCAGAAAAUCCUAGCUUUGAGCGUGGACCAGGCCAGAGAGUCCCCUAUCAAAGUGCAUAUGGUACACAAAAACAGACUGAUGCGGCUGCUCGUGACAGGCUUGCCCAGAGGUCCCUCUGGCGUGCCAAACUCGAGAUUCUGGAGAACAGGCAAUCCAUAUUGAAGGACAAGAGGUCUGAGAUGAUGUCAAAGUUGACGGCGGUGUUCGAUAGAAUUAUGGCGGAACCAUCUCACUUGGGUGCUGGUUACGAGGAUCGUGCAUAUCCUCCAUUGGUCUAGUUUCCAGAAAAUCCUAGCUUUGAGCGUGGACCAGGCCAGAGAGUCCCCUAUCAAGGUGCAUAUGGUACACAAAAACAAUACGGCUGCUCGUGACAGGCUUGCCUAGAGGUCCCUCUGGCGUGCCAAACUUGAGAUUAUGGAGAACAGGCAAUCCAUAUUGAAGGACAAGAGGUCUGAGAUGAUGUCAAAGUUGACGGCGGUGUUUCAUAGAAUUAUGGCGGAACCAUCUCACUUGGGUGCUGGUUAGGGCAUCUCCACUAGCCUCCCCAAGAGGCCCUUUUUUCUAAUUUUGAGAGCGCCGGCAGUGAAAAAAGCCCCCACUCACGCCCCCAGGAUCGCUUUUUUCGCCGGUUUCGUGCAAUGUUAGCGCCGGCAGUAUCACCCGAAACCCAGCCCCCACGGAGGCAUCUGAGAGCGCCGGCGGUUUGUUUAUGCAUGCAAAGGCCCACCUGCAGCAACUUCUCCCCCCUUCCCCGUCGCUUUCAGCCCGGCCCCCACCUUCUCUCUCGCCAGCACCACCUACUACACACACAGCCGGAGCAGGGCUCGCGCGGCCGUGGCGGCGCACGCAUGGCCGGGCGCGGGGGCUUGAGCUCGCGCAGCCGGAGCGGAGCAUGGCCUGGGAGGGGCUCGCGGAACGGAGCGCGCAUGCCCAGGGCGGGGAGGGGCUCGUCUUCUUUGCCUUGCCACGCCUCCUCGCCGCUCCCGCACGGCUAGACGAACGGGCCGCCGGGCGAGAGGGCUGGAGUGGGCCGUCUCCGCCCGCGCACUCCACGGCGCCCUCGCUGGGCGGUCGAGCUCCAGCUCCACGGCAUGGCCCCCGUGCGGCGGAGGACGACGCGGCGGAGGACGAGGAUGACACGGGACGGCUCGCCGGGCGCACCAGCUCUAGCUCGCCCUGGCCGGCUGCUCGCGUGGACGAGGAGGACGCGGCGAAGGACGAGGACGGCACGGCUCGCCGAGCGCCCCAGCUCUAGCUCGCCCUGGCCGGCUGCUCGCGUGGACGAGGACGACGCGGCGGAGGACGAGGACGGCACGGCUCGCCGGGCGCUCCAGCUCCGGCUCCGGCUCGCGUCGUCCUGCUGCUGCUCCUGGGCCUCGGCGCGGAGAGGCCGGCGCGGCUGGCCUACUUCCUGUGUGCUGGCCGUCGCUGUCGCGUGCGUGCCCGAGCUCUCGCGUGCGUCGCCGUGCUUGAAGCUCUCGCGUGCGUGCCCGAGCGCAGGCCGCCGCGCGCGUGCUAGCCAGCGCGUGCAUGCGCAGCAGCAGCCACGGCUCGGCCCCGCCCCGCUCCUAGCAGCGUCGCAGGAGAGCCGUUGAGGAGCUGCGCCUCGAGGUGGAACACGGGGGCGUCGUCGAGGCCGCGACGAGGAGCCGUGCGGCGUGGCCAGUCUGCGCUGCGCGGGGAGGACGUCGGCGGCGGUGCCGGGGGGGGCGCGCCGAGCUCGAGCAGCGCGUCGGCGGCGGGGGAAGAUGGAGACGCGGCCGAGGGAGUCGCCCGGUCGGCUGGGGUCGUCGCCGACGAGCUCGAGCUCGCGUGGCCCGACAGUGCCCACAACAUGUUUGUUGUAAUGACAAAAUGAAAAAGAAAAAAAUAAGACAACCUGGGGGCACAACUGCUGGAAAAUUUUUGCACCCCAACGCAAAGUUAGCGCCGGGGCCUCCCCAGGAGGCCGAAAAAACGCCUUCUGGGGGGCACAACGGCUGGAGAUGCCCUUACGAGGAUCGUGCAUAUCCUCCAAUGGUCUAGGUAAGUUAUAUUUGGUACAAGUUUUAGAUAUGUUCUACUCCAGCCACCUUUGGAUGUGCGGCAUGUUAUCGUUUGUGUUUGUGUCGGGAGGUACCGGAGCUGCCUCUGGUUGCACGAGAAAGUGAGGAGCUUAUGUUGAGCUCCUUGAGUGGAGCUUGAACCGUGUGUGUGUCUGUAUAAAACCUAUCUAUGUAUUUAUCUAGAUAGCACCUGGAACUCUA